UCUGCUUGGACAUGUAUUUGAGACCUGAGUGAAAGUUUCAAGUAACGUGAUAGCGCAGAGCGUUAGUGCUGAACUAGUGCGCUGACGUUGACUGAUACACAAGAACAGAGAGGGGAUUCAUACGCUGUUGUUUCUUUGUUUGCGGAGUCCUCUUGAUUAUUUUUCAUCGUUAUUUAUUCAAAGGUAAUGGAAUGGACUAUUUAAACACAAGAAACAGACACCUUUCUGGUGGGAGCUCCGGGCUCUCAACCAACGUUAUGACAGAAAAUGUAACGACGACAACGAGACUAACGUCACUGCCUCCAACUUCCGGAGGGUUCUCUGUAAGCUCCACUGGAGGUGGAUAUGGGGCAGGGUCCGGAGGCGGGUUUUCCGCAGGAUCUGGAGGUGGAUUUGGAACGGGGUCUGGAAGCGGACUCGGAACGGGGUUCGGGUAUUCCGUAGUGUCUGGGGGCGGGUCCGGAGGCGGGUCCGGAGGCGGAACUGGAGGAGGUUCCAGAAGUGGCACCAGAACGACCUCGGGGUCCUUCUCCAUGGUAACGAAGGGGGGGUCCUCCUCCUCAGUGUCCGGGGGGGGAAGAAGGGGCCCGGCCUAUUCCCCAGCCUUCAUCGAGAGGAAGACCAUCAUCAGCCAAUCAGGCGGGUAUGAAGGAAGUUCUAGUGGGAAUUCCUCACCAGAAUACACAAGGAAAGAGUAUGUUGCUGCCAGCUCCUCAUCAUCCAGAGGGAGGACCGCGAGCAGAGAGAGUGAAAUAAGAGCCAGAUUGCAGAGUGCAUCUCCAUCCACCAGAUGGACCGAGCUGGAGGACGUGAAGAAGCUGCUGAAGGGCAGCCGCUCCUGCAGCGUGAGCCCCACCCGCACCACCUCCGACACCCUCCCCAUCCCCAAGAAGGGCUCUGUGGAGACCAGGUUGAUCACCGAGGGCUCGCAGUCAGCAGUGCUGACGCAGUAUGACGCCACGGUGCUGGACUCUGUGCAGCCCUCCUAUGUGUGGACCACCUCCAGCCUGCCCUCUGGGUUCGCCAGCAUCGCCGCUCCCAACUACUCCACCAGCCCCAAAAACAUGUCCCCGGAAUCCACCCUCCUGCCCUCCCCACCCCUACCCUCGCUGUCAGUUUCCGGUGUCCGGAACAACAUGACAUCCUCACCCCCUCCUCUGACCGGUGGCCUGUCCAGCAGCAGUGCAGUGUAUGGUGUGCAGAAUAACCUGGCUACAACCUCCGGCAGUGCCUUCACUUCCAGUGGGAUUAACUCACAUGCAGGUUAUGGGGUACAGAAGAAUAUGUCUCAGACAGUCAGCUCUGCUGUCUCCGCCAGUACAGCCUCUGCAGUCAGGAGCCACAGUGAGGAGUCCUACCUAAAAGACUUCAAGUUCCUGCUGCUGGAGAAGGAGAACAUUCCUCAGAGCAGGAAGGACGAUGACAUGCCCGUCAUCAUGGCUAAGGACAGCGGGAAGAACUUCUGCAGCGCCCCUCCCAGCAGGAUUCCCAAGGGGUCAUUUUCAGACGACUCUCUGAAGAAAGAGAAAAUGGCACCCAGCUAUGCUGAAACUCCCAUUAAAGCCGAAACAAACGGAUUGUAUGCAUCCCAAAAAGCGCCAAAAAAAGACAAGGCAAUGUAUGCAGAGACCGAAAAGGAUGGGGGUGGAGGUGGGGGUGGAGGGUGGUGCUGUGGAGACUCCUGCUGCAGCUGGUGGAAAUGGCUGCUGGGCCUGCUCCUGGGUCUGCUGCUUCUCCUGGGCCUCCUGUGUGGACUCAUCGCGCUGGCGGAGCAGUUGAGGAAACUGACCACCAGGGUGGACACUCUGGAGCGGGCCUCUAUGGCGGCCCGAGCCAGCCGACUCGAGGCCGAGGCCAACGCCGACGCCUUCGCGAGGAGGAGCGGCUCGUCCGCCUCGGGGAGGAGUCUGGACCUGGGCGCCGCGGCCGUCACGGACACCGCCAGCUUGGAAAACCUCAUGCGGAAACUCAUACAGGCCGAGCUGCACUCCGACACAUUCAGAGCCACACUCUCUUCAUCUCUCAAAGGCGAAAGAGGGGAACAAGGACCCAAAGGUGACGCAGGUGUUACGGGACUCAAAGGUGACGCUGGUUUCCCAGGAAUCCCAGGUUCUCCAGGACAUGUAGGGUCAGAAGGACAAAAGGGGCAAAAGGGUCAAACAGGGGAAUCCGGAGUCGAGGGCCCACCUGGGCUGAAGGGGCGAGAGGGGCCAGUGGGGCCCCGUGGAGACACCGGGCCCCCAGGAUUUGGCCAAAAGGGAGAUAAAGGCUCCAGUGGUGAUUCAGGCAUUCCUGGGGUCCCUGGAACCACUGGCCCUGUGGGGCCCAAAGGUGCACCAGGUGGUCAUGGUACAAAUGGUCGACCAGGUGAACCCGGUACUCCAGGUUUCCGUGGCAACGUUGGCCCUUCUGGACCAAAAGGAGACAGUGGCUCGCCAGGGCUUUCAGGACAAAAAGGAGAUCCGGGUGAUAAAGGUUAUCGAGGUUCUGCAGGAGACCCAGGAUUGCCUGGAGUCACAGGAUCACCUGGAGAGAAAGGGGCCAAAGGAAAUGCAGGAGCUCAUGGGUCUGAUGGAGAGAAGGGUGCCAGAGGUGACCAAGGACAGAUGGGACCGCCUGGAAUUCGCGGUCCAGCUGGACCUCAAGGCGAUGUUGGCCCUCCAGGAACUCCGGGGCUACAAGGACCACCAGGGAUAGCAGGAAAUCCUGGGCAGCCUGGAGCUAAAGGCCCAGCAGGUGAACCUGGAAAGAUCAUUAAUGCAGGCGCCGGCUCUAACUCUGUGAGUAUUCCUGGACCCCCUGGGAGCCCAGGACCGGCUGGCCCUGCUGGGUCCCCAGGACUGUCAGGACCCAUUGGCCCUGCUGGACUUCCUGGUCAGAUUGGUCCAAGAGGUGAUAAGGGAGACAAGGGAGACAAGGGAGACAAGGGAGAGAGGGGUGACCAGGGAGAGGCUGGAAUCUCCGUGACAACUAGCAGACAACUUGAGGCUGUCAGAGAUGGUGCCCCCGGAAAACCAGGACAACCAGGUCAACCAGGACAGCCAGGGCAAGCGGGGCCCCCCGGGCCCCCUGGACCCCCGGGGCCUGCAGGAACGCCAGGCUCCUACAACUACGCAGGAGAGCCCAGGUCAGGUGCACGUGGUCCCCAGGGUCCCCCCGGCCCCCCAGGUCCUCCAGGAGAGCCAGGUGUGGGAUUACCGGGCCCUAGGGGAGAAAGAGGAGAGCCUGGAAGACAUGUGGGCACAGCUGAAACCCAUUACUCUGGAUACUCUGGACCUGCUGGACCUCCAGGACCUCCUGGUGUCCCUGGGUCUCCAGGCUCCCCCGGCUCUCCUGGGGCACCUGGGCAGAAAGGAUCGCAGGGUAACCAAGGAGCAAGGGGAUAUCAAGGGGAAGCAGGCCCACCUGGUGCUCCAGGGAUUCCAGGCAGUACCUACGGAGAUUCAGGACGAGGUUCUCCAGGGGCACCUGGGCCUCCGGGACCAGUCGGUCCGAUGGGAGCGAGGGGCCAUGUUGGCCCGCAGGGAACUAAAGGCGAUGCUGGAGUGCCAGGUGCUCCUGGGAUACCUGGGUCUUCAAGAGGAGGGGGUUCAAGCACAAGAACUGUCCAGGGCCCAGCCGGCCCUCCUGGGCCCCCAGGACCUGCAGGGAGAGAUGGGUACGGCGGGACAGAUUUCCGUCAGUACCUGGCGGAGUACUUCCAGAGUGAUACGAUCAGGUCAUCUCUGAUCGGCCCCCAGGGGCCCCCCGGCCCCCCCGGGACCCCAGGUUUAAGUGGGCACUCGAUGGAGGACUUGGCGCCCCGUGUCAUUGCCUAUAUCCAGAGGUCAGGUUACAUCAGUGGAGCCCCUGGACCCCCAGGCCCUCCUGGUGCCCCUGGCUCCAUGUCCGUCAAUGACAUCAUUCUGCUUCUACAGAGGGACGAAGUGCGUCGGUAUGUGACAGGCCCCCCUGGCCCGCCUGGCCCUCCAGGAAGUGGUGGCGGUUAUGUCUCUUAUGACACCAAGGAGCUGGCCGAGCGUGUCCUAAGGCUUAUGAACGAACGUGGGAUGCUGAACAUACAAGGACCUCCAGGGGCUCCCGGAUCUCCUGGAUCUCCUGGCCUGCCUGGCUCCUAUGGUGACAUCACUACCCUGCUUCAAAGGCCCGAGUUUCAUGGGUUGAGGGGCCCACCGGGGCCCCAGGGGAACACUGGCCCUCCAGGACCCCCAGGCGCAGCAGGAUCGUCCACAGGCACCUCGAGUUACAGCCUGGAGGACAUCCGGCAGUACCUGCAGAAUUCUGGGUUUAAGUGUCCCCCUGGACCUCCUGGCCCCCAGGGCCCUCAGGGGCCUCCUGGGGACACCCCGAGCUUUGUGUCCCUGACGGAAAACACGCAGAGCAGCAGUCAGAUUCGCACCCAGCUCCAGGAGUAUCUCAGAAGUGACAGCAUGCGGCAGUUCAUCAUCGGGCCCCCAGGGGCCCCUGGCCACCCGGGACCGAAAGGGGACCGCGGGGAGCCAGGCUACAGUCACACCCAGAGCUCCAGCCACCGAUACUCCCACGGGAGCCAACGGACGGAGAGCCUGGACUACUCUAACGUGGCCGUGAAGGUGACCGACUACAUCAAGACUCAGGGUCUCCUACAGGACGUCAUCUAUGAUGUCACUCGACGUGUACAAUCAGGGGGGGUCCAAGGUCCCCCAGGGCCCCCCGGACCUCCCGGCCCCCCAGGACACAGCCAGUCCCAUGGGUCCUAUGGCAACAUGACACAGCUCAUAGACUACAUAAAGUUGCACGGCUCCAUAGCAGGCUCUCCGGGGCGACCAGGGCAGAAAGGAGAGAGGGGAUAUACUGGACCCAGGGGAGAAAAAGGUGACAUGGGACCACAAGGCUUUCGGGGAGAAACAGGAAUACCAGGCUACCAUGGACAGAAGGGUGAGAAAGGAGAGUCGCUGGUGGUUGUGAGUAAGAGGGUGAGGAAGAGGAGAAGUGUUGGUGUUUAAGGGGUUAUGCUUUCAUCUUCUGUGUAUUUUAACCAGGGACCAGCCCACCGUCUUUCCCUACAAGUUAUCAUUCCAUAUAUGCUGUAGCAGUGCCUUGAAGUGUUCAAAGUACCAGUACCAACCACAUUAAUCCUUAGCGAAAGCUUACUCGCAGAGCAAACCAUAAUUACCUGCAACAUUUUCACCUGCAGACUUGGACGUAUUAUUUUUUUUCCAUAUUUGCUAUGUGCUUUUGCUUACAAUAUUCUCUGUGUUAUUUGGUCCAGUCAAAGGAAACAGAAUCAUUUGAGAUUUGUGUCUGUUCUGAAACCACCUGCAUUGUGAAAAGGAAAAUAUGGCUGUCUAGGAGAGAUGGUAAAUUAAUCACGUAAAUUAAACCAUGUUUGUAAAUUUAAAAAAAGAAAACCAGUUUAUAACCUUUUUUACAGGUACUGCUUGACCAAAAGUAUACUUUAACAUUUUUGGAAUAUCAAGGUGUUUUUUCUCCUUUACAUAAUAUCUAGGUCUCUGGCAGACAAAGCUUUUCAUUAUGCAUGUUAUUUAGAAAUAUGAGACUUUAGAAUAUUUAGAAAUAAAUUGCACAUGUUUGCAAAAACAUGUUUCAGUCAUCACAUGCACUUAACUUUUAUGUUUUUAGUAUUAAUUUGUCUUUUUUUGCUUUUAAAUGCACACAUUUGAAAAUACAGGUUGAAGUCAAACAGCUCUCAGUACUGUUUUGAUGUCAUAUCAAGGAGUUUUACUAAAGACACAGCUCUUAGAAGUACACUGCCACAUCAGCCUGCUGGAUUGUUUAAUGUCUUUGUCAUUUUACUCGGGUGAGACAGGACAGAAAUAUAUUAUUAUAUAAUAAACUAUAUUUAUAAGUAUAUAUUAUUUAAUAUUAAUUAGUCAAAAAACAAAACCUGGAAUUUGUGAGCUGAGAAUUAGAAGGUCUCCAUUGUCAUUGUAUCCUUUCAAACUCAAAAUGCUAGAAUACAGAACCUAAAUUACAAUUAAUUAAUUGCAGUAUGGUGCUCACCAUAUUUAGUGACCUAUAAACAACAUGUUUGAUACUCACUCAUUUUUGUCAGAAACGUCAUUUAGAACUUUAUUAUUCUCAGCUCACGAAUUCCUGAUUGCCGGAAAGUUCCACCACCUCAGAUAAGAGAGGGAGGACUGCAGUUCUGGCCCAAACUCCAUGCCUGUCUAACCCCUGCUGCACGUGGAACCAUGCGCUUAUUCUGGGUACCAAAAAGCCCUUUUAGUUCAAAGAAACACUGUUUCUCUCUUAUUAUUAUUCUAUCAGUCCAAUGUCUUACGUGACAUCAAAACAGUAUAAAAGGCUCUUAAGGACCCCUUCCUGCAUUUAAGAUUUGAUUAGAAAUGUUUAUUUCACUUAGUGGGAUAAUUAUGAGUUGUUGUCAAAGCAAAAAAGUAUAAAGUCAUUGCCAAGUUACUGAAAAAGACUGGAAUAUGUGGUAGACAAAAUUUAAAUGUUUUUAUGAACAAAAAACCCUUUUCAGUAUACGUGAAAUUCACAUUGUAAUUAAAGAAAAGAACUGAAAUGUUUUUUGUAAUGAAGGACAGACGUUUUCUUUGGGGAAAAUACAGGAGAAAAAUCCAGUAAAGUGUUGUGCUGAAUGAAAUUUAUACAUUGGAAUGUAUUUUUUAAUAAAUGACCAUUUUUAAAA